AUACAGUACAACAGUUGCGCUCUACUCUGGCUGACGAAACUCUCCACAUUCUGAUCUUUCUAAGCUGCUGGUGCAGGCGUGUGUUGAAUUGAAUUUGAUAAGGCGUUGGAAGUAAUUAUUUCUCAGCUCUAAGCACACUGUGGUGGCGUGUCAGUUUGCCUAGAUAUUGUGGCUUCAUUCAUUGGUAUUCAGUGGUUUGAGGGAUUUGAGGGAAAGACAUAAACAUUCACCGGUAGCAUUAAUAUACUAGUACUAGUAGUAGUAGUGUCGGUUUGAGCGAUCUCGGACUAAAGAUGGACGAUGUGCAAUUGGAAAAGGAGCGCGCAGCGCUUAUUCCUUUCCGGCAGCGCUUCUCUCAGUUCGUCUCUCCUGCCUCGUGGCAAGCCGGAGUAUCGAUGAAAGUGGAGCAGGGAGAUAUCUUCAUCUGCACGCCAGCCAGAUCAGGCACAACGUGGAUGCAGCAGAUCUGCCAUCAGCUGCGAAGUGGCACCGGCGACAUGGACUUUGAGGAGAUAAGCAACGUGGUGCCGUACAUCGAAGGUGCCCUGGACACGGAUGUCAGCCUGGACGGAGAGCAGAGGUUCCCACCCAGGCUGUUUAAGAGUCACUUUUGGCAGCAGCUCGUGCCUACAGGAGGGCGCUACAUCCUCGUUGUUCGUGAUCCCUACGACAUAAGCGUGUCAUUGUUCAAGUUUUUCGAGGGCUGGUUCUUCCAGCAAGGCGAAAUCUCACUGGAGACAUUCGUGACUGAGGAAUUAACAAAGCGGCCUGCUCCGAAAGGCAUCUUCAAUCACAUGGCGUCCUGGUGGCCACGUCAUGCCGAUGCCGAUGUACUGUGGGUGUUCUACGAGGACAUGAAAGAGGAUUUGCAGGCACAAGUGGAGCGUGUGGCCGCCUUCAUGGGCAUCGCUGACCCAGCUGUUAUCUCACAAGCCGUCCACAAGUCAACGUUCGCCUUCAUGAAGGAGCACGAGGAGCAGUUCAGUGAACUCCCACUGAAACGAAAACGAAACGCCGCGUACGGACUAGAACCUGAUGCGGGAAUGGGGCAGGGGAAGAUCUGCGUUGGGGGCGGCCAGCAGCAUCUGCUGACAGAACGCUGCAAAAUAGCCCUUGACGAACAAUGGCGCGAGGUUUGUGAGCCAGUCAUGGGCGCCGCUUCAUACUCUGACUGGAGGGCAGCAUGGAAGAGCAGUUAAGCUGCGAAGUGAACCCGCUCCACAACUACAGUGCUAGCAACUGAAAUCCGACCCCAUAGCGAUGCGUUCACAUUCUAGCGGUCUAUGUUUUCGUAGUUUUACUAUCCCGUGUUGGGUCUUUGCGAUGUGUGCGCACCGCUCAGGGGUCGGAUUUCAGUUGCCAGCACUGUAUAACAAUACCAAGCCAGGAACAGAGAAGAAGCAGUUAGCAGUGUUCAAGCAUUUUUUAUAUUUUUUUAUAUUUUUUUACUAUUAACACAGCCCUACUAGAAACCAGGUGGAGAACAGAAAGAAACGAAGAAUUGGACAAAACAUAGGGAAUGUAAGGAUAACGUGCCGAUGUGCUGGGAGCAACUCAACCGACCAUUGUUGUUAAUUAACCUUGUGGUUUGACGUUUAACGAUUCUUGGUGUAGUGUUGUUUGUUUUGCACGUACCUUCUAUCAGUUAAAAAUGUCCAGGAAGCAGUUUACAUUCGCGAGCGUAAACCUGACCCAUGCAUUCAAAACGAUUAUAAUGAUCACAACGAACACUCACACUCUUUACCUGGCACUCUAGUUGUAUUGUGCACUUGAGUGUGUAUUUUGUUCUCCCUCUUUCUCUUUCCUUACACAUGUGCUUUAUCACGCUCAAAAUGUGUUUUAUCACGCUCAAAAUGUGUUUUAUCACGCUCAAAAUGUUAGUACUUGUACUAUGUUCAUCACCAUGGCAUUGGUCUUACUUCUACAAUAGUAACAUUCACUUGACAUUGACUUUAUUAUUUUGA